UUGCAGUUGUUUUACUCAUUCUUCAAAUCCCUUGUUGGAAAGGAUGUUGUGGUAGAAUUGAAAAAUGACCUCAGUAUAUGUGGAACUCUUCAUUCUGUUGAUCAAUUCUUGAACAUCAAACUGACAGAUAUCUCCGUCACUGACCCAGACAAAUAUCCACACAUGUUAUCUGUGAAGAACUGUUUCAUUAGAGGAUCAGUCGUAAGGUAUGUCCAGCUCCCAGCUGAUGAAUGUGAUACACAACUUCUACAGGAUGCUGCUAGGAAAGAGGCAGUACAGAACAGACAACGGUGAUUGUUCUCUGUGAAAGACAGGAAAACAGACAUUUUAUCACAGUACAGAACCAACAGUGCUUGUUGUCUUCAGUGAAAGACAUUGUGAAAACAGAAUUUUAUCACGGUACAGAAAGAACUAACUGCAAAUAUUGUCCUUGGUGAACCACGAUUUAUCGCAGUAUAGAUCAGGUAUUAUGAUCCAUUACAAUUGGUGCUGUUGUGUUAAUAGUUGCUGGGUGAUAUGUUGGGAGAAAGGAGUUCCUGGCGUUGUGCAUCAAUUGAUUAAGAGUACUAUCUCUGCUCUAUCAACACGAGAUAUCUCUACAUUUUGUAGAUGGGAUCUGAUGGAGUUUUCGCUGAGAUUGAAAGUUAGAGUACCAUGUUUCUGGACAUUUGCAAAAUAGAUGGGAGAGUAUUUUGAAAGAUGAGAUAUAGAUGAUGGUAAUGAAUAUGUAUUAGAGGUAGAAAGUGCAAGAGUGACGAAUGAGAGUGGAAGAUUAUCUGAGUGUACAAUGUUUAAUUGUUCAUGAUAUUAGAUGUAAGUAUAAUGCCCAACUACAUCUAGGAAAAGAUAUGAUUAUCAUAUUAGAGAGAAAUCAAUGAAGUGAGACAAGAUGUUCACAAUAAAAAAAUAGGAUGAUGGAAAGUAACACCAUGAAUAUAGUUGUGAUUGACUUAUUGAAUUUCUACUUUUAAGUGUAUUUUCACUUUAGACAGCUAGAAGCAAUGCUAAUCCGAAAUAUCCAACUGAAAUCUAAAACUUGUGGCCAACUCCAAAGGAUAUGGUCAACCUGACAACACUUAGUGUAUAGUAGAUCAGGCAAAUUGCAAUUCAUGUUUAUACUGAAAAAUGUAAAAUAAAGUGAUGUAUGA